CUGUUGUCAGUGCCAGUCCUGGUGCAUGGUGGCACUGCCUGCUGUGUGCUGCUCUCUGUGCACUGUGUGGUGCUGGUGCCCAUACCGGUGCUGGUACCCACUGCUGGUGCCCAGUUCCUGGUACCAGUGGGUGGUGUUGGUUUGGUGCCUCGGUACUGGUGGCCUUGCCUGGUGCCCAUGCCCCUGUGCAGUGCCAAGUGUCCCUGUCCAGCUGUGGUCCCAGUGCCUCCUGAGCAGUGUCCAUGUCCACUGCCAAGUGCCCAGGGCCAAGUGCCCGCUGUCCAGUGCCCGGUUCCCUGUACCCGUUGUGCCGGUGUCCAUAGGCUGGGCUGGUGGUUGGUGUUGGGGCUGGCCGGUGGGCGGGUGCUGGCUGCGGGGUGUUCCUGCCCCGCUCUCUCGGGGCCGGUCUGUCAGUCUGCGGGGCCGCUCCGUCUGUCUGUCUGUCUGUCGCUCGGGGCGGCGCCGCUCGGGGCGGUCCGUGCAGGAGGAAGCGCAGCCGGGGCAGAGCGGCUCCGCAGCGGCCGGAGCCGCGCGCUCGGGGUGGGCAGUGCCAGGCAGGCCACGCGUCUGACAAGGGGCAGGGACAUGGAUCGGGGAGUCACCGUGCAGAACCCCUACGCCAACGUCAACAUCCCACGGGAGCAGUUCCAGCAAAGCUUCAUCACUCGCUACCUGAGAGACGAGCCCACCGUCAUCGCCAACCCCACGGCAGUGCCCGCCUACGGCACCGGCGGGCACACAGAGCUUGCCAAUGGCUGCAACAGCCCCACCAUCCCCACAGACAAGUCCUGGUCCCGUCCCUACAACCCCUACGCUAGCCUGAGGAUGCCCAAUGGGGACUCAUCUGCCUCCUUCUACACUGUGACCCUGGACAAGACACCCAAGGGCCAGGAGCAGAGGGCUGGCAGGCAAUGUGGCUGCUGCAGGUGGUGCUCCUGCUGCCCAAAGUGCUGCUGUGUCAUCUCCUGAGGGCCCUCCCUGCACACACAGGAUGUGUGACCAUGGGAUGGGGCCAGGUGACCCCACAGGGACAUGGCUGCUGGCCUGGGCACCCCUGGCAGAGCUGGCACUGGCUGGACUGACAUCGCUUUUUACUUGUGAACUCUGCAGCCAGAUGUGCUGGUGAUGAGCACCUGCCAGGUGGGCCCUGAGGACGAUGAGUGCCCAGACAGGCGUCACCAAGAAGUGACUGCACUGGAGACAGGGCAGCACUGAGCCUGUGAUCCUGCACCAAGCCCCUGCCAGUGUCUCUGUGCUGGGAACUCCACCCUGGGAAGGGGCAGGCAGUGCCCACCUGCUCGUGGCUGGGUUUGGAUGCUGGCAGCCCUGUGUGCGUGGCAGAGGAGGAGAGGACAUCAUCAUCACUGGCUUGGAGCAGCGGAGAGGAGUCAGGGACAAGCCUCCAGCUGGCACAGGGACCCACCUGCCCAGUAGUGAGUGUCCCUCCUCCCACAGCAUCACGGGGCUGCUGCCAGAUAUCUGCACCAAACUCCAUCUGGAUCCUGCUCCUCCUCGCCACAUUGCCCAUGGGGCAGAGUGAUGGAAACAGGAAAGACAGACAGCCAAAGCAUGGCAGAGUGCUGGGCCAUGCUCCAGGGCAGCACCUGAUGGCACAGCAUGGAUGUGGGUAUUAACAUCCCGGUGCCAGGAAACCCCCAGCCCCAUUCUGUUCCUGCUGCCAGGCUUGUGGGGUGCUGGGCACAACCUCUUGUCCCAUCUGCAUCCCAGGGACGGGUCCAGCCCAGAGGGCUGGCCCAGCUCCAGCAGUGCAGCAGCACUUGGGCACCUUGCUGGGGAGGCAGAGGCCCGGCAUUGGCCUUUUGCAGCUCCCAGGCCUUGGAGGAGGGUGGGAGGAGCCGCUGGCUCUUCCCCGUGUGCUGGAGCUCCUCCAGGCUGGGCUUUCAGCUGGGGCUGCUGCCAUCGACCUGGAACGAGCCCGCUGUUGUGCUGACGUCCCUCCCUGGUGCUGGCAGCCCUCCCUGUUGCUGCUGUCCCAGCGCAGCUGCUGCUCCCUGGCCGCUGCAGGACUGCCUGCUCUGCAGGACCGGGGCUUGGGAGGAGGGACUGUGUUUGCAGAUGACUUCAGGCUGCUGCAAAUAAAAUUACAGCCUUCUCCUGC